AUGACAUCGCCCUCAUCGGUCGGUACGCGCUUUGAGGAUCAUGAUCCGGACUGGCAGUAUGGCCCUCGCACCAAAAGACGCAAGCGUGCUUCGACAGCCGGCACAUCGAGGCCGUCACCGCGUGAGAUUGGCUUCAUGAGAGAGUCCCAGAACGACGGCUCCGCCAGUUUUCUUGGAAGCUCCAGUGGUAUUCACUUUAUUCGCCAUGUCUACAAUGCAUUUGCCCGUCGCUCGGCAGAUCUCCAGCAGACUAGAGCUCGAGACAAGAGCUCAGUGCCUGGGGAAGAUGAUCGCUUGCAGCGAGGCACUCUAGACACGGAUAUUCUGUGGUCAACAGAUGAGCUGAAUUUUUCGCCAAAUCCAACACACACUUUCGAAGAUCUGGUCAAUUGGACCCGGCACUACUUUGAGAAUUGGCAUCCAGUCUUCCCAUGUCUCCACGCUCCAACAGUGCUCAAAGCCAUGGAAAAACUCAGCCAGCACGGCCCAUCUGCGAUCAGCCGACUAGAUAUGAUCAUCAUUCGCUCGAUCAUAUCGAUAUCCCUCGAAGAUAGCCGACAAAUGGAAAAUUCGGCAUCGAAAAUGGGACCAGUGCCUGCGUCAUUGGUCUUCUCAACUGUACAACAUGUGAUGCAGGAUAUUCAAAGUAUUUUUGCAGAGCCUACAACUCUUCCCUUGCUUCAGUCUGCAUUCUUGGCUCAACUUGCACUCACCUCGUUACUACGACUGAAUGCCGCCUCUCGAGUCGGUGGAGUCAUCACUCGAACCGCCUUCCACCUCGGAUUGCAUCGCUGUCCUGGCCGAUUCUCUGUUUUCAGCAGCGAAGAGGUGGGCAUUCGAAGGCGGCUCUUCUGGUCCAUCUACUGCCUUGAGCGAUACCUUUCACAGGCACUAGGAAUCCCACUGGGGAUCCGCGACGAUGAUAUCGAUGUAUGCUAUCCGGGUGAUGAACGACACGUUGCAACUGGUCCAGCAUCCACGUCACCAGACGACAAUCGGCUGCGUCUUCUGUCUCAUCUUGCGAAAUUUGCCAGAAUCCGGGGACUAAUUCUAGAAUUGCGCAACAAGUCUAUUCUCCAUAGUCAUGCCGGUACUGUCGAAGCAUCACAUGUCAACGGCGAGCUGUCCCAGUGGUGGAACGAAGUCUAUGAUGAUGUGAAUAUCAUCGAGGAAGAGCAUACUGAGCCAGGACAGAAUCCGAAUUUGAGUCCUUACCAUCGCUUAUUGCUCAUGGUUUUGAGACACGAGGCUAUCAUCUCGAUGAAUCGACCUCUUCUCGCCGCCGAGAAACCCAGUUCAGAAUAUAAAAACGCUUUGCAGACCUGCAUUGCUUCUUCGCGGACACUACUAGCAGCUCUGAAGAAAUAUAUGUCUUCUUCCUCCGAUGCUCCCUUGACCUGGCCGUCCUUUACAUGGACGACUUGGAUGGCGUGUUUGGUAUUGAUGUAUGCUUCGUGGGAGGGCGAGCUUGCUACGACCACGGCAUUGAAAUAUGCCAGGAUGGGCGUCAGUAUCCUGGAAAAUCUGGCCCUGCGCGGGAGUAGCUGGCCCGAGACUUGCAUUGAAGCAAUCAAAGGCAUGGAGUCGGCCUUGACCAAUACAAAUCCGUCCGGACUGGAUGCUACGGGUCUUGCCUCUCACCACACCCAGACUGGUCCCAACAAUCAAUUCCUGAAGACCCCAAAUAUACACUCUACAGACGACGGAUAUCGGUCCAACCCUCGGUCUUUGCAACGUGAUCGAGGUCCUACAAGUAGGCAGCAAGGCGACCCUUCCACCGCGGGGAAGCAGCAUUCAAGUUUGGAUCCAUCAUUCGGUUCCUCUGCAGCCCAGGCCGUCGAUACCGGUGACCCUUCGAUUCUUUCUUCAUAUGAUACACAAGGGCAAGCCAAUCUCUCAGCGGACGAUGUUUUUACGGCCGGGCAAUCCUCUGCGGGACUGAUUUUUGGCAAUGCAGCCAAUGCAGAUGCCCCAUUUUAUCCUGGCAUUACAGGACAUGAUUCUUUACCCUUCUCGGAUCCAUCGUCCCUGUUCAUGAGUGAUAUAUGGAAUGUGGCUGAUGGACCAUGGAUGAUCCAUGGCAAUCUACUGUAG